AUGUUUAUCACUAGAAGGGCCUUCUCAACAUGUCGCACCUUGAUGCAUGAGAAUCCAUUGGGAUUGCCUCGACAUAAACCAGCACCUACCAUACCACGAGCACAGCGAGGGUUGCCCAAAAAGAUGCCAAUUGCUGGCGUAAAGAAUGUCGUAGUUGUAGCAUCUGGAAAGGGUGGUGUUGGCAAAUCCACAACAGCAGUCAAUAUUGCUUUGGCAGCUGCUGGUAUGAAGCAAAGAGUAGGCAUCUUGGAUGCAGACAUUUUUGGACCCUCUGUGCCUAAAUUGAUGAACCUGAAAGGAGAGCCUGAACUGACCGAGACAGGUGAUCGACUCAUCCCGCUCACAAACUACGGUGUCAAAUGCAUGUCAAUGGGUUUUUUAGUGGAUCAAGAUGCACCAGUCGUAUGGAGAGGAUUAAUGGUAAUGAAGGCGCUUCAACAAUUAUUACAUCAAGUGGAUUGGGGACAGCUGGAUUUACUGGUGAUUGACAUGCCUCCAGGAACAGGUGAUGUCCAGCUCACCAUCAGUCAGCAAAUCGUAGUGGAUGGUGCUGUCAUUAUCUCCACGCCUCAGGAUAUUGCACUCAUAGACGCAGUGAAGGGCGUCAACAUGUUUAAAAAGGUCAAUGUCCCGAUCCUGGGCAUGGUACAAAAUAUGUCACUUUUCAUCUGCCCCAAUUGUAAUCAUGAAUCCCAUAUCUUUGGCCAUGAUGGUGCUGCUCGUAUGGCCGAGGAUUUUAAUGUUCCUUUGUUGGGCCAAGUGCCACUCCAUGCUGAUAUCUGCACACUGUCAGAUUCAGGCAGACCCAUCGUCAUUUCCCAGCCUGAUAGUCCCUUCUCUAACCAUUACCGUUCCAUCACUCAAAACAUGCUGAACCGCUUAAAAGAAAUCAAAUAA